CAAACACAGUUUAGCUCUUAGGGUCAAACCAGCAAACAAAACCAUAAACCAAAUCUCAACCUAAGCCAGGCGAAAAUGUCGAAGAUCUACGUCGUUGUACUUGUGGCCGUGUGCGUGGUCCUGGGAGCUCAGGCUCGUCCCUCGGACUCCCCGGACGCCCAUGCCGAGAUCCGGAGCUUCGUGAACGAGUUGAAGCAGGACGACGGCAGCUACAACUACCAGUUCGAGACGUCCAACGGCAUUGCGCAGCAGGAGCAGGGAGUGGGUGGCUACUACGCCAGCGGCUCCUCGCAGUACUACACCCCCGAGGGCCAGCUCAUCCAGCUGACCUACACGGCCGAUGAGAACGGAUUCCAGCCGCAGGGCGAGCACCUGCCCACGCCCCCUCCAAUUCCAGAGGCCAUCCUCAAGUCGCUGGAGUACAACCGCAACCAUCCGGAGGAGGAGACGGAGGAGUACGAGCACCAUCAUCAUAGCCAUGGUCAGGAGCAGGGCAAGCAGUAUCUCCAGCCAGCCGGAGCUCUGCUGGCGCCUGCUUCCUCGCCAGUGGUGUCCGUGGGUCAGGUCCUGCCCUACGACAGGAAGGUUUAACUCUGCACCAUCCAUAGCAUAGCAUACGCAUCCAUCUUGUCCAGCUGCCUCAUGUUUUUGGGUGUCUGUUUGCACAGUCAAGCCAUCCAGCAUCCAACAUACAGAAAGAACAUCGAAGUGACUACAUCUGGAGGCGGUGGCACACCCACUCACACACUGUAUAUAUAGACCCUCAUACAUUUACAUCAACAUGCUCCUCGGGCUGCUCGGAGGUCCUUCGUCCUCUGACCCGUCUCCUCUGUCGCGUGUCCGUUGUCGGCUCGACUGACGUUGACAUUUAUUGCCAGAGAUAAUAAUAAUGUAAUAAAAGAAAAAUACAAUUUAA